CUCCUCUCUUGAUCAUUCCAGGAAAAGAAGGAGGCUUUGCUGGCUGAGGAGGAGUGCAAGGCCCAUAAUCCUGGACACAGAGACAGUGCCAUGGCAGCGGAAAUACAACCUGGCUCAUAUUCUCUCAGUGGCGGAGUGAAGAGCAUCACCAUGCCAAAACCACAGUUUCUGGUGUCCUUUGAGAAGGUGGCUGUGUAUUUCAGCAAGCAAGAGUGGGACCUCCUGGAUCCUUCUGAAAAAGCUCUGUACACAGAGGUUAUGCUGGAAAACUACGGGAACGUGACCUGGCUGGAAUUUCCUCAACCAGUACUCAUCGCUUGUCUGGAAGAAGGAGAUGAGCCAUUUCUUCUGUGCUCUGAGGAAGAGGAGAAAUCUGGAGCAAUCUGCUUAGACAGUAUGGUGGCAACAAAGGCAGGUUCUGGAUCAUCUUAUCUUGGUGAUGGGAUGAAAAGAGCUGCCCUUCAGCUGCCUCAGUGGUUGACGUACUUUGAGGAGGUGGCUGUGUAUUUCACCAAGAGAGAAUGGGAUGUACUGGAACCAGACCAAAAAGCUCUCUACAAGGAAGUCAUGCUGGAGAACUAUGGACUUGUAACCUCUCUGGUAAUUCCCCAGUCGGACCUCAUCUCCUGCCUAGAAGAAGGAAGAGAUCCAUUUGUCCAGGACUCUGAGGAACAGAAGAGAUUGACAGGAUGGGACAGUGAGAUCUAUAAAAAGCCUUCUCCAGUGUCAAUGCAACGUACCAGCUAUGAAGAGGGAGUAGAGUUAUUCGAGAAUCCAUUAGGAAAUCAUGAUCACGAGCAAAAACAGUGUAAGAAAGGAAAGAAAAAAUCCUCUGAUGCUGACAUUCCUGACCUUUUCCCACAAGAAGAUCAGAAAGGCAAGGCAAGGAAAAAGUUUUCAAUCUUUGGGAAGCUAUUGAAAGAUAAUCCAAAAUUAAAUAAAUAUUGUGGACAGAACACAGGAGAGAAGCCACAGGAACAAGUGGAGGCUGGUAAGAGUUUGAGUGGCAGUAGGACAGAUAAUAAGAACCAAAGAAUUCAGAUGGGGGAGAAGCCAUAUAAAUGUAUGGAGUGUGGAAAGGGCUUCAAUCAAAACUCAAGCCUUACUGCCCAUCUAAGAACUCACACAGGGGAGAAACCAUAUAAAUGCCUGACCUGUGGAAAGAGCUUCUGUCGCAGCUCCCACCUUACUAGCCAUCGAAGAACUCACACAGGGGAAAAACCACAUAAAUGUACAGAGUGUGGAAAGAGCUUCAGUCAGCGUUCACAUCUUACUAGCCAUCAAAGAACUCACACGGGGGAGAGACCAUAUAAAUGCAAAGAGUGUGGAAAGGGCUUCAGUCAGUGCUCAAGCCUUACUAGCCAUCUAAGAACUCACCUGGGGGAGAAACCGUAUAAUUGCACAGACUGUGGAAAGAACUUCAACACAAAGUCAAGCCUUGUUGUACAUCAAAGAACGCACACAGGGGAGAAGCCAUAUAGUUGCACAGUGUGUGGGAAGAACUUCAGCGAUGGUGGAACACUUAUUAAACAUCAAAGAACUCAUACAGGGGAGAAACCAUAUAAAUGCACGGAGUGUGAAAAGACCUUCACCCGGAAAGUACACCUUACUAGACAUCAAAAAGUACACACUUUGGAACUACCAUAUAUAUGCAUGAAGUGUGGAAGGAUCUUCAGUAAAAACUCAGGCCUUAUUACAUUUCGAGGAACCGAAACAGAAUGUUUGGAGUGUGCACAUGGCUUCUGGUUCGGCUCAGAUCUUCCCAGUUUUCCAAAAAGCGAACCUAGUGAAGAAACCAUGCAGAUACAUCAUGUCUGGAAUGAUUUUCAGCAUGAAUUUAAGCCUUAUUGAACACGAGAACAUAAGAACCUGCAGUGAGGAGAAACCAUAUUGUUCUUAUUCUUAAAUCAGGCCAAAGUUUGAUGAAUCUUAAAGAACUUGGAGGUUCUAAAAGAGCAUUCCAGACAAACAGAACUUGGGGGGAAAUAUUUUUUUCAAGUAUAGUUUAUGCAGAAGGACAGAUUUGGGAAGAGCAAGAGCUUCAAAAGAAGGACUUCUGUCCCCCCCUCCUCCCAUCCCCCAGGACAUGUUCCUUACAUCUUAGCUAAAAGCAAAAGAAAACGUGUAAGCAGACCAAAAAAGGGAAGGAAAAAAAAGACAUACUUUUGGGCUCCUUCUUAAUAGAAAGCCCCUGUACUAUUCACUUUUUUCCUCACCUCUAGUAAUUUAAGGAGACCCAGCAUGGUGAAGUGGUUUGAGUGUUGGACUAUGACUCUGGAGACCAGGGUUUGAAACUCUGCUCAACAGUGGAAAUCCACCGAGUUAUCUUAGACAAGUCACACUCUCUGCCUCAGAAGGAGGCAAAGGCAACCUCCCCUGCUGAGAAAACCUGUGAUAGCCUUGGGGUGGCUAUAAGUUGGAAAUGACUUGAAGGCACACAACAACAAAGUAAUUUAAAGUGUUGAUCAUGCUGCCACUAUGACGACAGGACAAAAAUUAAAAAACAAAAUUGGGGGGGGGGGAGAGACUAAGGACUUAUGCGGAGAUCCAUAGUGGUGUAAUGCUUUGAGAAUUGGACUACAACUCUGGAGAUCAGUGUUCGAUUCCCCACUUGGCCAUGGAAACCCACUGGCUGACCAAGUUACAGACUUGCAAGCCAGCAAGCCAGAUGCAUAGGCUCACCAUAAGUCGAAAAUGACUUGAAGGCACACAACAACAAAAGUAAACAUGCCUAGCAUAUUAAUAUAAACAGUUAUAGUAUUAUAUUAAUAUAAACAUUUGGCUACGUGAUGCAAAUCAGAGCCAUCAUUAGCCCAGUGACAAUGGUCCCCAACCUUUGCUCCUCCAUUUGUUUCGGGUUUCAGCUUCCAGAAGCCCCAGCCAACUUGGCCAACAGCCAGGAAUCAUGGAAGCUGAAGUCCAAAUCAUUUGAAGGACCAAAGGAAGAAGAGACCCCCCAAGUCAUUUGUGGUUUAAAUUACCUGUGUUCUCUGCAGAUUUGGGAACCACUGACCUAGAAAGUAGCUCCAGAGAAUACAGUAAGUAAAAUGCAGGCAAAAAUUACAAGGAAAAAAUGAUUUUGUGGAUGCUAAGUACUCAAAGAUGACUGAGUCACCAUGUUUUAAUAAUUCUUUCCUUCUUCUUUGGGCACCUACAGUAAACAAUGGGCACAUGGGGAAGGGGAUUUUUGCCUUCCCUAGCAGCUAGCCCUAUUGUAUUCUGUACUAAAAAUUGAUCAGCCGUGCAACUUAGAAAAGACCCCAACUCAUUUGUGGUUUAAACUACCUGUAUUCACAUCUGAUUUUGAACGGAUGGGAGAUCAAGAGGUACAAACAAAAGUUAAAGCACUACAGUUUGAUAGUUUGGGAUAAUUUGGGAGUGGGGUUUUUGUGAGAGUAUUGGAGAGUCCAGGGACUUUGAGGGAAUUAAAAGGGUUGGGGAGAUGCUGAAAAGAGUUUGGGGGCUUGCAUCUGGCCCUCAGCCUGCACUUUCUCCACAUCUGACAGAGCCAAUGCCAGCUCUCCCUCUUGUUCUGACCCAGAAGGAAAACCUGCUCUUGGCUCCAUAAAACAAUAAUAAAAGAGGGCUUCAGUGCUAUGACUGUGGCAAGACUUAGGCUGCAUCUAUACUGCAGAAUUAAUGCAAUUUCACACUGCUAUGGAAUUCUGUGAUUUGUAGUUUUGUGAAAUAAUUAACAUCCUUUGAGAGCUGUGGUGCCACAAGA